AUGUCGGAAAAGGCAAGUUUAUUCUACCCCACUAGAAAUUCUUCUUUUUCCAAAGCCCUUGCUUUUUGGGGUCAAGUGUUUUUGUUGGUUUUAACGUUGAUUCUGUUUAUACAACUGCAGCAUUGUUGCAUGAUCAUGAGAAUCAACGUUGACUGCAAUUCUUGUUGCAGAAAAUUAAGGAGAAUCAUUCUAAGGAUGAAAGUGAUAGAGAACCAUUUGAUAGAGAAGCAGCAGCGUAGGGUAUGUGUGUUUGGCAGAUUUGAACCAGCUGAUGUUGCAAUAAAGAUAAAGAAGAAGAUGAAUAGAAGAGUUGAGAUCCUUGAAGUUCAAGAAAUGGAAGGAGAAGUUCAAAACGAAGGAGAAUAG